CAACACAACACCAUGGACGCCCAAAUCGCCGAGUGGCAGACCCGCGCCGAGGCGCUCAAGCCCCUCAACCUCAAGGCCAUUGAGCCCAGCCUGCAGGAGCUCGACGCGCACCUCACGCUGCGCUCGCACAUUGUCGGCUACACCAUCACCGAUGCCGACACGACCGUCUGGAAGACGCUGCGCGAGAACCGCGUCGCCCACGCCUUCGUCAAGCAAAACCUGAUGCCCAGCCUGUGCAGGUGGUUCCGCUACGUCGAGGAGGCGUACCCCCAGUCUGUCGUCCUGGCCGAGCGCCCGAAGGAGGCGGCCAAGGGCGGCCGCGGCAAGAAGGAGGGCGGCAACGACGACGCCAACUACGACAUUGGCCUGCAGGAUGUCGGGGACGGGUCGGGCAUCGUCACGCGUUUCCCGCCUGAGCCUUCAGGCUACCUCCACAUUGGCCACGCAAAGGCGGCUCUCCUCAACGACUACUUCGCCCACACCAAGUACAAGGGCAAGCUCAUCCUCCGCUUCGACGACACCAACCCCAGCAAGGAGAAGGCCGAGUUCCAGGACUCGAUUGUCGAGGACUGCGCGCUGCUCGGCGUCAAGCCCGACCAGGUUUCGUACACCAGCGACUACUUCGACGAGCUGUACGAGCGUGCUGUCCAGAUGAUCAAGGACGGCCUGGCCUACGCGGACGACACCGCCCAGGAGAAGAUGCGCGCCGAGCGCAUGGACGGCAUUGCCAGCGAGCGCCGCGAGAUGAGCCCUGAGGAGACGCUGUCCAAGUUCGAGGUGAUGAAGACGGGCUCCGAGGAGGGCCGCAGGUGGUGCAUCCGCGCGAAGAUGUCCGUCGACAACCCGAACAAGGCCAUGCGCGACCCCGUCAUCUACCGAUGCAACCCCGAGGACCACCACCGCACCGGCUCCAAGUGGAAGAUGUACCCCACCUACGACUUCUGCUGCCCCAUCGUCGACUCGGUCGAGGGCGUCACCCACGCGCUGCGCACCACCGAGUACAACGACCGCGACGCCCAGUACCAGUGGUUCAUCACCGAGCUCAAGCUGCGCAAGGUGCACAACUGGGGCUUCGCCCGCCUGAACUUUGUGCGCACCGUCCUGUCCAAGCGCAAGCUGACCAAGAUCGUCGACGCCGGCUACGUCUGGGGCUGGGACGACCCGCGCAUGCCCACCGUGCGCGGCGUGCGCCGCCGCGGCGCCGUCAUCCCCGCCCUGCAGGAGUUCAUCCUGAAGCAGGGCCCGUCCAAGAACAUCGUCAACCUCGACUGGUACUCGUUCUGGGCCACCAACAAGAAGCACGUCGAGCCCACCGCCGCGCGCUACAUCGCCAUCGACGACGCCGCCCAGGUCCCCGUCACCAUCAUCGGCGCGCGCGCCGGCGUCACCACCGAAGACAAGCCCAAGCACGCCAAAUACGACCUCGGCACCAAGAAAGUCGUCUUCAGCAAGGACAUCAUCAUGGAGCAGGCCGACGCGCAGUCGUUCGCGCAGGACGAGGAAAUCACCCUGAUGAACUGGGGCAACGCCAUCGUCCGCUCCAUCACGCACUCCAUCAACCCGCUGUCCUCCUCCGGCCUGAAAACCGUCACCGCCCUCGAGCUCGAACUGCAUCUGCAAGGCGACGUCAAGAAGACCAGCAAGAAGGUCACCUGGCUCUCCAAGGACCAGGACCUUGUCCCCGUCGAGCUCGUCGACUUCGACUACCUCAUCUCCAAGGACAAGCUGGAGCCCGAGGACACGCUGGAGGAUUUCCUGAAUAAGGAGACUGAGACCCGCGUCAAGGCGGUUGCGGAUUGUAAUGCCAAGGAGCUGAAGGUCGAUGAUAUUAUUCAGUUUGAUCGCAAGGGGUUCUUCCGCAUUGAUCGCGCGUUCCAGCACGGGCAGGCGAUUCAGGCGUUCCAGAUUCCUACUGGUAAGGCGAAAUAGAGUGGCUGUGGAGAACUGUAGAGCGCGGUCUAAGCACGAUCCAAGACACGAUUUGAACACAACUCGCAACGUAGUCUGCUCUGUCUAUUCAUUCAUCCCCCCAC